UGCCACACUACUACUUAAGCACAUUUUCAGUAUUACCGGGGAAGCAGAAAAUACUCAUAUUCAUGUAACUUCGAGAAUGUUUGUCGUUUUAUGAACAAAAAUUGUUCAAUUCUUCUCUGGGUUUUACCACACAAAAUAAUCUGAAUUUUAACAAGUUGGGUUGGGUUUGGUGGAGGAAGCUAGUGGAAUUCAAAGUGGGGGGAUGUCAAAUAUAGGAAGGCAACAAUGACAGAGCAAUUGCAUGAGGUAACUUAUUUCCUUUUCUUUCAGUUAAAAAAGUUUCUUUAUAGUGGUGGGCACCAUGCCAAGGCGUGGGUAUAGAGGUCAGAAGACUACUUACUGUUGUCCAGGCUCUCAUCUUCCACCACGUGGGUUCAGGGGGUCGAACUCAGGUCCUCUGGCUUAUCAGCAAGCACUUUUACCCGCUGAACCACCUCUCUGGCCCUAUUCUGUAAUUAGUUAAUGGAACUGUUUCAGCUUAUCAGGGUGAAAACCUUGGCAGGUGUCCUAAUCGCUGCUGUCCCUGUCAAGGGCGGGGACUUUUCUCAAGGCACCAUUUCUAAAAUGCAGAAGAAACACAAGCGGCUACUUGUCUCAAACACAGACUUGUUUGCCUUGGCCAUCGGAAUCCAGGAAAGUCACCAAUGCGGGAGGACUACAAGUCCCAUAAUGCAUUGGAAGAAUCUCUCUUAGCGGAAAACACGGACUCAUACACUUUGACCUCCAGCCGCACCCGGCAAAACCAGACAGCCGGGGCUCCAAGAUGGCUUCUGCUGGCACCAAAGUGGGUGUGGUUCCCGGGAAGGCCACGCCCCCAGAACGCUACUCCAAUAGGGGCCGCCUUCGUGUCCAUAGCGACGGCGGCGGCGGCGGCCGUCGGCUUGCUUAAGGAGGCGCCGCCGCCGCCAGGAUCUCGGAGCUAGGAGUUAACCCCGAGGGGGAGCGGGCUCCCCCUCGCGACGGCGGGGACAGACAGUCCUGUGGAACGAAGAGACGGUCCUCGACGUCCAGCAACGCCCAGGAAGAGCUGCAGCGGGCGAGGGGCGGCCAUGAGCGACCAGCUGAGGCCAGCCCCGGGCUGCUAGGGGCAACACCAGCAGCCCCUGAGCUCUCCUCGAAACCUCGGAAUCUAAGAGGAUGGAGCCCAGUACCUGUAAGACCAGUGAUUCUGAAGAAGACUAUGUUGAGGAAGAAGAGUCUGAGGAAGAGUGUGUUAGAGAGGAAUCGACCACCCCCAACUCUUCCCAGCAGGCACUUGCAAAGGCUGAUUAUAAAGAGUUUGAGAAUGGGGUUACCUUAUCUGUUGUGGCCAAGAAAAUCCCAAAGAAAAUCCUAAGUACAGCAGAUACAGAUGAUUUGGAAGCUGGGAGAAGAAAGAGGAAGCGGAAACGGAGACCCCUGGCCAUCAAUCUGACCAACUGCAAGUAUGAGAGUGUGCGCCGGGCAGCCCAAAUGUGUGGCCUGAAGGAAGUGGGGGAGGAUGAAGAGUGGGCUGUGUACUGGACAGACUGCUCUGUCUCACUGGAACGAGUCAUGGACAUGAAGAGGUUUCAGAAAAUCAACCACUUCCCUGGCAUGACAGAAAUCUGCCGCAAAGAUCUGCUGGCUCGGAACCUCAACCGCAUGCAGAAGCUCUACCCCACCGAGUACAACAUCUUCCCACGAACCUGGUGUCUCCCUGCAGACUAUGGGGACUUCCAGGCCUACGGUCGUCAGCGGAAAACCCGCACUUAUAUCUGCAAGCCAGAUAGCGGCUGUCAGGGGCGUGGCAUCUUUAUCACCAGAACCCCUAAGGAAAUCAAGCCAGGAGAGCAUAUGAUCUGCCAGCAGUACAUCACCAAGCCCUUCCUCAUUGAUGGCUUCAAGUUUGACAUGCGAAUCUAUGUUCUGAUCACUUCCUGUGACCCUCUCCGGAUCUUCAUGUAUGAGGAAGGCCUGGCCCGUUUUGCCACCAUGCCGUAUGUGGAACCUAGCCAUAACAACCUGGAGGAUGUCUGCAUGCACCUGACCAACUAUGCGAUCAAUAAACACAAUGAGAAUUUUGUCCGGGAUGAUGCUGUGGGCAGUAAGAGGAAGCUGUCGACACUCAAUGCCUGGCUGCGGGAGCACAGCUAUGACCCCCGGGAGCUGUGGGGGGACAUCGAGGACAUCAUCAUCAAAACCAUCAUCUCAGCCCACUCUGUCCUUCGCCACAACUACCGAACCUGUUUCCCCCAAUAUCUGUGUGGAGGUACAUGUGCCUGCUUUGAGAUCCUGGGUUUUGACAUCUUACUGGACCACAAGCUCAAACCCUGGCUUCUAGAGGUAAACCACUCCCCGAGCUUCACCACAGACUCUCGCCUGGAUCGAGAGGUAAAAGAUGCACUUCUGUGCGAUGCCAUGAACCUUGUCAACCUCCGGGGCUGUGACAAAAAGAAGGUGAUUGAAGAGGACAAACGUCGGGUCAAGGAGCGGCUUUUCCCAUGCCACCAACAGCCACGAGAGGCCAGGCGAGAACAGAUUGAGUCAUCCCAGGCUGCCAUGCAGGACCAGGAGCGAUAUGAAGAUUCCCACCUAGGGGGCUACCGGCGGAUCUACCCUGGGCCUGACUCAGAGAAAUAUGCACCCUUCUUCAAGCACAAUGGCUCCCUCUUCCAGGAGACUGCUGCCUCCAAGGCCAGAGAGGAGUGUGCCAGGCAGCAACUGGAAGAGAUUCGCCUCAAGCAGGAACAGCAGGAAAACCCAGGCACCAAGAAGCGAAGGGAGAACAAGGACCAGAACCAGGGUGAAUCAGCUGGGGAGAAAAGCCGAUCCAGAACAGGAACACGGGGCCUUGUCACCAGCUUGACUUAUAGAAACCGGAACCGGGAGAAAGAGCUGCUACCAGCACACCUGGACACCAUGCAGCCUCAGGACAUCGUGGAAGAGGAAGAGCUUGAGCGGAUGAAGCUCCUGUUACAAAGAGAGAAUCUCAUCCGCAGCCUGGGUAUUGUAGAGCAGCUCACUCGCAUGCUGUACCCCAGCCACCGGGGCCACAGAAAGCUUCAUGAGUAUCGGCCUAGAUUUCACCAGGACGGGCUGGGUAGUCAAGAACUGCAACCUGUGAAUUUGGUCCCACUGGUGUUCCUGAGAGGGGCUGCUUCAGAACAGGUCCCUCCUCAUUUCCUGCAACCACUUCGGCCCCAUGAAUUGAUCCCCAGGAUCUUAGGGCCGCUAUCAAGCAUGAAUCCCGAAAUUGCACAGCAUUCUCGGUGCCAUCUGCAGCCCAAGAACUUCAACUGGACAGGAGAUCCAGCAGCCAUUGGCCACUGUUCAUUGCCAAUGAAGAAAUCUGGGAAGCACUAUUUUUCCAGCUCUAGAGUCAGGCUCACUGGCCAAGGUCAAGCCAGCAGAAGGCUAGAAGCCAUAAACCGAGCCCUGUCAGGAUCAGUGCCACCCACUUUAACCCCAAAGCAGGGCUAUCUUCUGCAGCCCGAAAGACGUGGAAGUGACUCGUGGACCGAAUGCUGCACCUUGCCCUCCAUGGUAAACUCUGAACACAGAGGAGCAAAGGCUGGGAAUCUCACCCUCUGCCCUGCCUCUGCACCAGUGCUGCACCAUUCCAGCCCACUCCUCAACGUCAUCCAACACAGGUAAAAGAAGAGAAGCCCAGCACUCAACUACAAGAGCAAAUGGCCUUCAAUCAUUGCUAAUUGAAAGACUGCCACCA